GUACUACUGCAGUCUUCUCGUCUUCGGAUGUCAACAUGGCGACCGACUUGUUUCCAAUGCGAAGCUCACCCAGAGUGGACUCGCCAAGAGCAGACUUGCCGCGCUUGUUGGCUCCUGAGCCAUUUUAUUUCAAGGGAUCCUUGUGCGCACCAACGCGCUCUGAUGAGCGGUACAUCCUGCGUUCGAUUUUGCAGGCCAUGGUGCGGCAAGCAGCGUGGGAUGCUGAGGCGGAGGAUGCCAAGGCCAUGAUUGGACCUGGUGCUGGCGGAUGUGGUGUGGCUGCACUUUUCAGAGUCUUAGAUCCUCUUGGAAAGGGCUACGUGCUCGACACUGACCUGUUGCAGCUAAUGAAGGAGCAUGAGGCAAAAGUGCCAUUUGCCAACCUGUGCUCCAUUGUCCAAGAAGCAGAGCUUCGGAGAGGAGGCAGAGCCUUGGGCUUGAUGACGUUUCGGGAUUUCGGCAAGAUGAUCUUCCCCCUUGCCUCCAAGGAACACAAAGCCAUGUGUGAUGCUGUCUCUGAUGACGAUGCUAAAUCCGUGUUGUACCUCUUGCAUUUCUCAGAGCCUUGUCCACAAUGUGGUUUCAGAAUCCAACGAGACUCUGAUUCUGCCGGAUGUCCGAACGUGGUUUGCAGCCACUGCCAGACAGCUUUCAGGUGCUUUGUGGUUGGGAGGUCAUCCUUGGAGGGUCCAGCUGCCACAGCAGCUGACCGCUUCACACUCUGCCGGCUGGUCAGUGCAGUGGCUCGCUCUGCAGAGAACCUCCAGAUGGACCGCAAAAGACUUGCCAAAGAUGCUGGCUUUGAUCAAGCAUGCCUCCGAGAAGUUUUCAACUACAUCUCCACUGGGCACCCCAGCUUCGACACCAUGGACUUGCGCCAGGCCUUGCGGGACCAGCAGAUACCAAUUACAGAGAAGGAGAUGGAUUUGUUGUGGCACCGCUAUGCGCCUAACUUUGGUGCUGGGGUGUCCUUAGAGCACUUCCUCGCACAACUGCGCUAUGACCCAAUGUGGGCAACAGAUAGUUGCACAGCAACAAGCAGGCUACUGACUGCUGUGGUCAAGACCAUCCUUCGCCAAGCCGCCACGGACGCUGCUGCCGAGGAUGCGAAGGCCUUUUGCCCCAAGGGUUGCCCGCUCACGGUGCUCUUUCAAAGCUUGGAUCCCACUGAAAAGGGCUUCUUGCUGGACACGGAUUUCUGGCAGUUGGUCCAAGAUUUUCAUGGUGACAUCAGUUUUGGAGGCAUUUGCACCUUGGUGCAAGAGGUGCAGCUGCGGAAAAGGUAUGACUCAUGUCUUCCUGGCCGUCUCUCCUUGCGAGAGUUUGCAGUGCUUAUAUUUCCCUCUGACUCCAAAGAGUAUCAGGUUCUCCGUCCGUGCUCGUCCGAUAAUGAAGCAAAAGAUUUUCUCUAUUUGCUUCAGCAUUCAGAGGCUUGUCCCAAGUGUGGAGUCCACAUCCAGCGAGACUUCGAAGCGAGCGCAUGUCCCGAGGUUUCUUGCCCGAUUUGCCGUACCUCCUUCCGAUGCACCCGUGUGGGGGCAGGCACAGAUGUUCGGGGCCUUUCGGUGCAGGCCAGACAGCAACUCUGUCGUAUCAUUUGUGCUGCUGCGCGAGCAGCUGAGGAACUUGAGAGAGACAGGCUUCGCUUGGCACAGUUGUUGGGCCAUGAUGCCACCGUGCUGAGCGACGUCUUCAGUUUCUUGGCCCAGGGCCGAAGAAGCUUCACCUUGCCAGACCUUAGGCGAGCGCUGAGCCACUUGCACCUGCAACUCUCUGAGCGAGACUUGAAGUUAAUAUGGAACCGCUAUGCGCCACAUGGCUCAGCAACUGUAUCUUUCAGAAGCUUCAUGCGCCAGCUCAAGCCUCUCACGAAGGCUGGACCUAUUUGAUGAGAUAGCCGAAAAAAACCAAGCUCAAAGUGGCUGGCAUUCCUGAACAUGUACAAGAGAGAAAUGCUCAAGCGAGCAGCCUGUUGCCAAUGUACCUAGACACUUUGAAUCGUUGCAGCGUCCAAAGUGGCUGCGGCAAGACCGGAUUGUUUCCGAGCAAAACGACCCUGAGCAACUCGGUAAAA